CCGCCUUCGCAUCACUGGACAGGAAGCAUCAGUGGCAUAAGACAUUACAACCUCCCUCUUCUGAAAAACUGAAGAUAAAGCAGAACAACAUUGCUUGGUCUGAAUUUCAAAAUGGGGAAGACGAUGCGCUAUGCACUGGGCUUAUUGUUACUGAAUAUACUCCGUUGGGGUGGACAAGCUCAAGACGUCGUGCUGACAGCUGAGCCCAACUGGUCCACGUUUUAUUUGGGAGAGUCUAUUAACUUCAGGUGUUACGUGAACGGAGGAGAAGGGACUAACUGGGAAUACCAAGUUACCAGGAGGAGUCAAGACACUUUUCCCUACGACUCACAGAAAAGCUACACGUUAGAAGAUCUGAAGAUAACUGAAUUCCAGUGCUCUGCUCGCAGGAGAGGAGUCUGUAAAAAGAGCAAAACUAUCUCUUUGACUGUUUUAGCGGAGAAACCCAGAGCUGCACUGACAGCAGGUUCAACAACCAUACCAGUAGGGGGCAGUGUGACACUGAGAUGCUUGAUAGAGAGCUCCGUUGGAUGGAAAUACAGAUGGUUCAGACAGAUCUCAAGCACCUCUGAAGAAAUCAGCACAGGUAAUGAAGAAAACAGAGUUAUCACUGUGAGACAAGGAGGAAUCUACUGGUGUGAAGGGCAGAGAGGAAAUCCCCCAUUCUUCAGCCAACCAAGCUAUGAUGUCAUCAUUGAGAAAACCUUAUCCAACAAGGUUGUUGUGGGCUGUCAGCCAAAUGAGCCCUAUAUCUUCGUUGGUGAGACGAUCACUCUGACCUGUGAGGUCCAGGGAGGAGAAAACACUGAGUGGACGUGUAAAUGGUUUAGAUCUGGGUCAGUCAUACGCAGGAUAUACAGUAAAGACUGGACUUUCAUUGUCUCUGAGUCCAGCAGUGGAGACUACAUGUGUCAGUGUAGAAGAAGAGAUGACUGGUUUUCUGUAACAAGGCUGAGUGAAGUCAUCACUCUGUCUGUAGCAGUUUUCAACAAGGUUGUUGUGUCUCGACACCCAAACUGGUCUAAGAUGUUCAGGGGUGAGACGAUCACUCUGACAUGUGAGGUCCAGGGAGGAGAAACCACUGAGUGGACGUGUGGAUGGAGGAGAGAUGGGUCAGUUAUACACUGGACAAAUAGUAAAGACUGGACUUUCAAAGCUCUUCCAUCCAGUAGUGGGGACUACAUAUGUCAGUGUAGAAGAAGAGAUGACUGGUAUUCUCCAACAAUGUGGUGGAGUAAAGCCAUUAAACUGUCUGUUGCAGGUAAACCAAAGGUCCAGUUGAGUGCUAACAGCAUGGAGAUACCAGGCAGCGUAACUCUGACCUGCUCAGUGACUCCAUCAUCAAUUGGCUGGAAAUAUUACUGGUACAGAGAUGAGAAAUCUGCUGAGCCGCUGACGACACAAAAACCUGUUUUCUCUCCUAAUGAACUGAUGAGCGUCUCGGAGAAAAGCCUGUACUGGUGCAGAGGAGGAAGAGGAGAACCAGAGUACUACACAGACUACAGUGAUCCAAUCACAAUCAGUAAUAAUGUGACCGUUUCCGAUCCUGACAGCUUUUCACUUCAUCUGUUGUUGAUCGUUGGACCAGUUAGUGGAGUUGUUCUCAUUAUCCUCCUGCUCUUUUGGUGGCGCUACAAAUGGCCCAUGGGUUUGUGCUGCAUCAGGUUGUUUCAGUCUGAAAGCAGCAGCCAGAGGCCGACCACUGAUCAUGAAAGUGAUUACAACUCUAUGCUGCAUGGCACCACAUCUCUGUAUGAGACGAUCCGUAACCGUGGAGUCACUGGAAACGAGAGGCCUCCUCAUCCAGAAGAAGGUUCUGUUUACGUUAAUGUGAGACCAGAUGAUUACAGCUGAAGGAAACUGGAGUCCAGAAGCAACAGAUGCUCCGGUUUGUUCUACAUCAAGAAAAGUGUGGACAACACUGCCGCCCUGCAGGCUGCUGCUUUACUCUGCAAGUCUUUGACUCGUCUGAUGAGUUUUCAUAUUUUUAUUGUUUGUUGUGUUGAUUAUUGUAUUUCCCCUGAUUUAAGAUGCAUAGUUGUUUUAAUGUUGAUGUAGCUCUGCAAUGAUCAAAUAUGUUAAUCACAUGUUAUAGAUAAGUUAAAAAUCCAUAAAUUGAAAGUUUGUAAGAUUCCAGUGAGAUAAAACAAAAGAUAAACAUUGCAAACACCUUUGUUACCCAUAGAGCAACAAUUAUUGCAUGUCAUAAUUGCAAUUAAUUAAUUGCUUCAGACUUUCAGCUUCAGUCUGAAAGUCUGAAGCUUUCAGACUUUUGCUAUGUUUGUAAUAAGUAGAAGUCUGCCACACAGUUUGACUGUUGGUGCCUGUAUUCAAUGAAACGUGCAUAUGUACAAAUGUGUAAAACAUUAAUAAAUUAUAUAGUA